AUGUCUGUUAUUGCUCAUGUUAGUCAUGGAAAAUCAACAUUAACUGAUUCACUUAUAUGCAAAGUUGGUAUUAUUACUCCACAUAAGGCUGAUGCAAUGCGUUUUACAGAUACACAAAAAGAUGAACAAGAACAAUCUAUUACAAUUAGAUCAACAGCUAUUCCACUUUAUUAUGAAGUAUCUGCUAAAGAUUUAGAACUCAUUAAACAAGAACGUGAACCUAAUGUAUCUGGUUUUUUAAUUAAUCUUAUUGAUUCACCGGGUCACAUGGAUUUUUCAUUGGAAGCUAAUGCUGCUUUAUGUGUUACCGAUGGUGCUCUCGUUGUUGUUGAUUGUGUUUCAGGUGCCCGUUUACAAACUGAAACUCUUCUUCGUCAAGCUAUUACUGAACGAAUUAAACCAAUUUUAUUUAUAAAUAAAAUGGAUCUUGCUUUAGUUAAAUUACAACUUGAACAAGAAGAUCUUUUUCAAACAUUUCAACGUAUUGUUGAAAAUGUUAACGUCAUCAUCACUACUUAUGGUGAUGAUAAUGGUCCAAUGUGUGAUUUACAAGUGAAUCCAAUAAAAGGUACAGUUGGUUUCGGUUCUGCUCUUCAUGAUUGGGCUUUUACACUGAAAGAAUUUGCUGAAAUGUAUGCAUCAAAAUUUCACAUUGAAACUGAUAAGUUAAUGAGCCGAUUAUGGGGCGAUAAUUUUUUUUCACCAACAGAAAAUAAAUGGUCAAAAACUGGUGGAGAAGGUUAUGUUCGCGGAUUUUGCCAAUUUAUUCUUGAUCCUAUAUUCAAAGUUUUCAAAGCUAUUAUGAACUGUAGAAAAGAUGAAUAUACACAAUUACUUGAGAAAUUAAACAUUAAAUUACAAGAUAAACACCGUGAUGAAUUAGAACAAGGUGGUAAAUCACUUUUAAAACUUGUUAUGAAACAAUGGUUACCAGCUGGUGAUGCUCUUCUUACAAUGAUUGUUAUACAUUUACCAUCACCUGUUGUUGCACAAAAAUAUCGUGCUGAACUUAUUUAUGAAAUAUAUAUAUAUAUUUAUUUAGGUCCACACGAUGAUGAAGCGUUUUGGGGUAUUAAAGGAUGUGAUCCAAAUGGUCCAUUGAUGAUGUAUAUUUCAAAAAUGAUACCAACAUCGGAUAGACGUCAUUUCUUUGCUUUCGGUCGUGUCUUUUCGGGUGUUGUUAAGUCAAAUCAACCAGUUCGUAUUAUGGGUCCUAAUUAUAUACCAGGCAAAAAAGAAGAUCUUUAUGUUAAAAGUAUUCAACAAACAAUUCUUAUGAUGGGUCGUGAUACUGAAUCAAUUGAAGAUGUACCAUGUGGAAAUAUCUGCGGUCUUGUUGGUGUUGAUCAAUAUUUAGUUAAAACUGGUACAAUAACAACAUUUGAAAAUGCAUACAAUCUUCAAACAAUGAAAUAUACUAUCGCUCCUGUCAUAUGUGUUACUGUUGAACCAAAAAAUUCAGCUGAUUUACCAAAAUUUAUCGAAGGUUUGAAACGUUUAGCUAAAUCAGAUCUUAUGGUUCAAUGCACUAUUGAAGAAUCUGGUGAACAUGUCGUAGCUGGUGCUGGUGAAUUACAUUUAGAACUUUGUUUGAAAGAUCUUGAAGAAAAUCAUGCUGCUGGUAUUCCAAUAAAAAUUUCUGAUCCAAUCGUAUCCUAUCGUGAAACUGUUUCGGAAGAAUCCGAAAUAAUGUGUCUAGCAAAAUCACCUAAUAAACAUAAUCGUAUCUACUUAAAAGCUCGGCCUAUGCCUGAUGGCUUACCAGAAGAUAUCGAUAAACGUGAAAUAACAUCACAUCAAGACGUUAAAACACGUGCUCGUUAUUUAAAUGAAAAAUAUGAUUUUGAUAUAAAUGAAGCACGUAAAAUUUGGUGUUUUGGACCUGAAGGAACUGGACCAAAUUUUUUAAUUGAUUGUACUAAAGGUGUACAGUAUUUAAGUGAAAUAAAGGAUAGUUGUAUUAUUGGUUUUCAAUGGGCUACAAAAAUGGGUGUACUUGCUGAAGAAAAUGUUCGUGGUGUUCGUUUUGAUAUUCAUGACGUUACAUUCUAUAGUGAUGCUAUACAUCGUGCUGGCGGCCAAAUUAUUCCAGCAACUCGUCGUGUAAUUUAUGCAUCAAUGCUCACAGCUAAACCACGACUAUUUGAACCAGUUUAUUUAUGUGAAAUACAAUGUCCGGAUGUUGAUAUUGUUAAUAUUUAUGGUGUAUUAAAUCGUCGUCGUGGUCAUGUUUUUGAAGAAUAUCAAGUAGCUGGAACAUCAAUGUUUAUUGUUAAAGCUUAUUUACCAAUCAAUGAAUCAUUUGGUUUUACUGCUGAUCUUCGUUCAAAUACAGGUGACCAAGCACUUUCACAACGUGUAUUUGAUCAUUGGCAAGUUAUAAAUCAAGAUCCGUUUGAUGACUCAACUAAAGUUCGACAAAUUAUUAAUGAUAUUCGGAAACGUAAAGGACUAAAAGAAGGGAUUCCACCAUUGGAUGAUUACUGCGACAAAUUAUGA